GAAGAGAAGAUAGAUAAAGCCGUAUCUAACUUCAAAAAAUCGCCCAAGGCCCGGAUUACGAGUACAUACUUAGAAACAAGGUUAGACCUGUUAGAAGGCUACUGGAAAUGUUUCGAGAACAAUCAUCAAGCUAUCGUGUUAGAAUCCGAAGAUCCCAACAACACCUAUUUCACAUCCGAGACUUAUGACAGAGUCGAAGAGAAAUACAUCGAAUAUAAAUGUCAGUUAAAAGAGGCCUUGGACAAAAUCAAACCACAAGCAAGCUUGCCGGCAAUAUCCAUAGCUCACUCACACAAUAAUGAAUCCAAUGUAUCCAGUGCAGUGAAGCUACCAAGAAUUAUUAUCCCAGUGUUUUCCGGCAAGUAUGCAGAGUGGCCUACCUUUCAUGACUUAUUUGAAUCUGUGAUCCAUAAUAACCAAACUUUAGCACCUGUGCAAAAGCUCCAUUACUUGAAAGGUCAUCUGACAGGUGAGGCAGAGCAAUUAAUACGACACACACCCAUAACUGAUGCAAAUUAUGAACAAUGUUGGACAUUAUUAAAGAAAAGGUACAGUAACACACGCUACAUCUCAUCGUGCAUACUCAAUCGAUUAAUAAGCCAAAAGACCUUAUCCACAGCAUCUUGUUAUGGUGUCAAACAAAUAUUGGACAUAACAAAUGAAUGUUUAAGUGCUCUCACCAACAUGAAUAUAGAUGUUUCAUCCUGGGAUCUCAUUAUUAUCCACUUGGUCAUACAGAAGCUUGACCAGGAAUCCCGGAAACUAUGGGAACACAAGAUCAGUGAUAACUCAGACACACUACCAACCUUUAGUGAAUUUUCAACAUUCCUGGAAUCCAGAUUCAGAGCAUUAGAGUUCCUAGAUCCAAGUAACAAGAGAGAAACAAAACCAAAAGAAGCAGAGCGACCUAAGGUGUUCAGCGUUACUGCAACAGCGUCAUCAAUAUCCUGUCCAUGCUGUGCAGAGGCUCACUUGUUGUACCAAUGUAAGCGUUUUAGCCAGGACUCAGUACAACAACGGCGGGACUUUGUCAAAAAUAAGGCGUUGUGCUUCAAUUGUUUUGGAGCAAAGCAUUCUGCAACACAGUGCAAGCGAGAUACAUCAUGUAAGCGCUGCGGUCGUCGCCACCACUCCCUGCUGCAUCUGGACAGCGAGCAUCCACCUUCAGCGCAACCAAGCCGACUCAGUGAAGGGGAAAAGAUCCACGGCAAACAGCGUGAAGGUAUCCAGGAGAAGCCAGAGCAGAGGGAACCAGUACCUAGUAACAUUGUGGCUCAUGCUGCUGAAGGGUCGAGUAUGCCCAAUAGUGAGGUAAUGUUAACUACGGCAUUAGUUAAGGUAGAAAAUAAGGGAAAUUGUCAUACACUUAGGGCAUUUCUUGACCAGGGUUCUCAAAUAUCAUUUGUGAGUGAGCGUACUGUACAAUUACUUCAGUUACACAAGAUACCUGCAAAUGGUAGUGUUGAUCCUUCAGGACUGGGUGGGGAGAAAAUCCCAUUGUCAACACCAAUUAAACACAAGGUUCAAUUCAAAAUACAAUCCACUUGUGGCUCCUUUAGUUGUGUUGUUCAGGCAUAUGUGGUAAGACAGGUAACUAAUCCCAUUCCUUCACAGAAAGUUGAGAUUCAUAAUUGGCCAGAGUUGAAGAAAUUAAAGAUGGCAGAUCCAGGAUAUGACACUCCAGGGCAUGUGGACAUGUUGCUGGGCGCUGAGGUGUAUGGACAGACUCUGAUAGAGGGUAUGGUACGGAAUCCAUCGUCCAACCUGACAGCACAAAACACCGCUCUGGGCUGGAUCCUGUCAGGAAAAACACAAGUGAGUAACCAUGCUAAUAACUUUAUAACUGCCCAUAUUCUGGAUAGCUCCAUCAAUGACACUCUCCGUAAAUUCUGGGAAAUUGAAACUGACCAGCCUCGCACCUUGUUGUCUAAGGAAGACCAAGCGUGUGAGGAGCAUUAUGCAUCCACUACAACUAGGGACAGUACAGGUCGCUAUGUUGUUAGUUUACCAUUCCGUGAUGAGGAUCCGUCAUGUCAGUACGGGGAUUCACGGAAAGUGGCUUUAAGGAGAUUUCUCUCAUUGGAGAAAAAGAUGAAUAGUAAUCCACUCCUAAAGCAAGAAUAUACCAAAGUGAUCAAUGAAUAUUUAUCACUCAAUAAAGAUGAAGGUCAAGAUUAUCCAUUGGCUGCAGGAAGGGUGCUGACAGAUUUCUAUAUGGAUGACUUAAUGAGUGGGUGUGAGACUGAUGAUGAAGCUAUCCAAAUUUAUUCUGAGAUGGUCAGUUUGCUAAGUAAAGCUGGGUUUGAAUUACAAAAAUGGGCAAGCAAUAGCCAAAAAUUAAUGGAUACAAUUUAUCCACACCCGGUUACUAGCUCUGACAAAGACAUAAAGCUGGAUGACAUGAUCAAAAUCCUAGGUUUGUCAUGGAAUCAUCAGACUGACUCAUUUCACUACAAGGUUAACUUACCUCCACAGCCAAGCCCCGUCACCAAACGGAACAUCUUGUCUGACAUAUCACGUCUCUUUGAUCCACUGGGAUGGAUUUCCCCAGUUAUUAUCCGAGCCAAGAUAUACAUGCAAAAACUAUGGGUUUCAGGUCACUCCUGGGACCAGGAAGUAACUUCCCACUUGCUGACGGAGUGGAACGAGUUCCGGGAGCAGCUGCCAGUUCUCAACAGCUUCAUCAUGCCAAGAUGGGUCGGUCUCCGGCAAGAUGCAAGUGAUAUCCAACUACAUGGCUACUGUGACGCCUCCAACGACGCUUACGCAGCAGUCAUAUACCUUCGGGUAGUGGAUCAUGAAGGUAAUGUCACAGUCCAUUUAGUCGCAGCUCGAACAAAGGUCUCUCCAAUCCGCCAGAUAUCCAUACCCCGACUUGAACUGUCCGGGGCAGUACUUUUAUCCAAACUGCUGGGAGAAGUAUCCGCUAUUCUAUCCAUCCCAGUCAGUUGUUGCAGGGCUUGGACAGACUCGACUAUAGUCCUAGCUUGGCUUCAAGGCGAGCCGAGCCGCUGGACAACGUUUGUUGCCAACCGCGUCACUGAUAUUCUAUCCAUACUUAACAAUGAUCAGUGGGCGCAUGUAGAAUCCACCAGCAACCCGGCGGACUGUGCCAGUCGAGGAAUGUCACCAGCCGAUUUUAUCCAAUUCGAGUUGUGGGUCCACGGCCCAGCAUGGCUACAAGACCCUAACUACCAGCAUCCAACAUCCGAAACCGUAUCCACUGAGCUUGAAGCCAAGCCCAUGAAAGUACAUGUAUGUACUGUUUUAUCCACGGAUCAGCCAUCCGAAAAGUUGAGUGUUUGGACUAAAUACUCAUCUUUAUCCAAGACGGUAAGGGUAGUAGCUUACUGUCUCAGAUUUUGUAAAAAAUUGAAAGGAGAAUCGUUUCAGUCCUAUCUGACCGCAAGGGAGCUUGAUAAUGCCUUAAAGGUAGGUAUCAAAGCAAGUCAAUCUUCAGCUUUCUCUCGGGAGUUAACUAACUUGAAUAAUUCUAAUCCAAUCCCCCGGAGAAGCAUAAUAGUAUCAUUGUGUCCCUUCUUGGACGAGGAUGGUAUUAUGAGAACUCGAGGUAGGAUUGAGCAUAGCGAUCAUUCUUAUAAUGUUAAGCAUCCUAUAAUAAUGCCCCAUGACCAUCACUUAUCCAAGCUGAUUGUGAGUGACGCUCACACAAGGACUCUCCACGGAGGCCCCCAACUCACCCUAAAUUAUGUAAGAUCCAAGUUUUUAAUUCUCAAUGCCAAGAGCUUGAUUAGGCAUAUUUUAAGUAAAUGUGUAAGAUGCAUAAAGUACAAGGCUACCAAAAAUCAACCCUUCAUGGCUGAUUUGCCCAGUACAAGGGUAACUAUUGCUCGUCCGUUUCAUCGCACUGGGUGCGACUAUGCAGGCCCUAUAAAUAUUAGAAUAUCCAAGGGUAGAGGAUGUAAAAGCUAUAAAGGUUACAUAGCACUGUUUGUAUGUAUGGUAACACGUUGUAUCCACCUGGAGGCAGUAAGUUCACUUACCACUGAAGGGUUUCUAGCUGCUUACAGACGGUUCGUCGCACGUCGGGGUCCUUGUAAGGAGAUUUGGAGCGACAACGGCUCCAACUUUGUCGGUGCAUCCAAGGAACUGCGAGUCCUCUUCCAGCAGAGCGAGUCUUCUGUCAUGAAAGAGGUCGCUGAGGCCUUAGCUAAUGAAGGUACUGAAUGGCAUUUUAUUCCACCCCGGGCUCCCAAUUUCGGUGGACUUUGGGAGGCGGGUGUUGCCUCUACUAAAUACCAUUUGAAACGGGUCCUAGAUGGCACCACUCUCACGUUUGAGGAGUUAUCAACGGUUUUAGUCCAGGCGGAGGCUUGUUUAAACAGUAGGCCCAUGUACCAGCUACCGUCAAAUGAAGUGGACACUAGUCCACUCACCCCGGGACACUUUCUAGUUGGCGAAGCUCUGGUAACCGCUCCAGAUAGUAACUAUGAAGAUUCUCAGAUCAGCCCUUUGCAUAGAUGGCAGCUCACCCAGAAGCUCAUGCAGCAGUUCUGGCGAAAAUGGUCUCAGGAGUACCUAACGACGCUCUAUCAGAGGUACAAAUGGACUAAGGUCACCCCGGAGCCACAGGUAGGUGACGUAGUAUUAGUUAAGGAGGAUGAUCUCCCGCCCUCGAAGUGGUUAUACGGGUUAGUACAAGAAAAGCACCCUGGUCCAGACAAUGUCACUAGAGUCGUUACCUUAAAAUGUAAUCAUUCCAAACUUGUGAGACCUGUUUCCAAAUUAAUAGUAUUGCCUGCUGCCAACUAGUAUUACUUGUAAUGUAGUUAUUGUUUUUUCUGUAUUCUUAUCUUGCUACAGGUCAGAGCAAGACCAUGAGUAUGUUAUUUUAUUAAUAUAUGUUUAGUUUAGGG